AACAAAUGUCUAACGUAACAAACACUUUGUACCGUGCUAUUACCUUAAGCUUUGAGGCACAGAAGGUUACACAUCAGUUCUGCGAAGAAAGAUGGCGCUCUACGUGRCUAUAAGUUUGGCUGUUUUCUCAAUUGUUGCGAUGUCAUCUCCAGUAUUCAGGYYUGGUUCUGUGGAAGCUCCAACGUGGGAUUACUUACAAGUUUCUUUUUCUCCUUACGUGAAUCCUCCCCUAACUGUGGCUGCUGCAGUGAAAGGCAAUUGGACAAAAGAUGCUUCGUGUGAUUCUAAAUAUUUUAAAGGAAAUCGUUAUUUAAAAGGCAACGACAAAAGCGUGAUGCCGCUGUAUGAUUCAAAAGGAAAGAUUGCGGGCUACCAAGUUGGAUUACUUACAAAUCAUCUUUGUGAACUGUAA